AAUAAAAUUGAAGUUAAGUCAUUAAAUAAACAUUAACUUAAGCGAUAACUUAGUAACUAAACUAACCUAUCGAUUAAAACUAGUCGCUCACAUUAAAAACUCAUUGGGUUACCGUGACCUGAUAAGGCAAUCAGCUGAGCGAACGAACAUACAAACAUAAAUAAAUAUAUGUUUAUAGAUCCGAAUCUAAUCUGUUCUGGUCGGGUGUUGUUUUGUGUUGUUGAUAAUAAAAAGCUCGCGCGAGAGCUAAAAAACCGAAAAUCCAAACAGUUCUGAGAGUGAAGCCCGCCGAUCCAGUUCGCCAGCGAUGAUUUGUCUUUUAUGGCUCUCCGUCGCCUUAAGCGUGCUUCUCCAUUGGAUCUAUAAGGUAAACAAAGAUUACUGCAUCUUGGCCGGUUUUGCCAGGAGAGUUAGGACCAAGGAUGGCAAGCCCCUGAAGAGCAGAGUAACCAUUAUCGAUGGUUUAACAAUUUUUGGGAACUGCUUAGAUCUUUAUGGAAAAGACGCUGGCGAAGUGUUUAAUUACUUAAGACAGUUGGCGAAGAAAACUGGCAAUAGUUAUCUUCAAUAUGCCAUGGGCUUUUCAAGUUACAACGUUGUUGAUGCCCAUAAUGCAGCCAAUAUACUGAACCAUCCAAAUCUGAUAACCAAGAGUGCUAUAUAUAAUUUUCUUCAUCCAUUUUUGAGGACUGGCGUUCUAACGGCAACAGAAAAGAAAUGGCAUAAAAGACGAGGUAUGCUUACUAGGACCUUCCAUGUGGAUAUAUUGAAUCAGUUCCAAGAGAUCUUUAUAGCGGAGAGCUUAAAAUUCAUUCAUCAGUUCGAUGGUCAAAAUGAGUGUGCAGUCUCUCUGAAAGACCGGAUAUCCAGAUUUACUCUGAACAGCAUUUGUGAAACUGCCAUGGGUGUUAGGCUAGAUGAAAUGGCUGAGGAGGGCGAUCGUUACAGAGAGAGCUUCCACCGAAUCGACGAAGGUUUUACUAGGCGUUUAAGUAAUCCUCUCUAUUGGGAUGAUUUCGUUUACAAUCUGUUUGCUGCCCGGGAAAACGCCUUAGCUAUUAAGGUAGUUCACGCGUUUUCCAGUGAGAUUAUCGCCAAACGCAGAGUUCUCUUGGAAGAAGAGCUUGAUUAUAGGCGAGCCACUCAGACGGCUGACGAUGAUAUAUGCGGAGCUCGGAAUAAGCCUUUUGCCAUGCUGGACACUUUGAUUUGUGCUGAGAAAGAUGGACUCAUCGACCAUAUUGGCAUUUGCGAGGAGGUGGACACUCUGAUGGCCGAAGGUUACGAUGUUACCUGCGUUGGUCUGGUCUUUGGUCUGAGGAAUAUGUCCCUUUAUGCUGAACAUCAGGAACGCUGUUAUCAGGAGAUUCAAGAGCAUAUUGCAGACGACUUGAGCAACCUGAACAUAAGCCAACUGAAUAAACUUAGUCACCUAAACAACUUCCUUAAGGAAACUUUGCGACUGUAUCCUCCUAUUCCCAUUAUGGGUCGUCAGACUAUACAGGAAACCGAGUUGGAUAAUGGUUUAAUCCUGCCAAAGCGUUCUCAGGUUAAUAUACAUGUCUUUGACAUACAUCGCAAUCCAAAGUAUUGGGACUCUCCCGAAGAGUUCCGACCAGAAAGAUUCCUGCCAGAGAACUGCCAGAAACGGCAUCCAUACGCCUUCAUUCCAUUCAGUGCUGGACAAAGAAACUGCAUAGGUCAGAAGUAUGCCAUGCAGCAGAUGAAAACCCUGAUAGUGGUCAUUCUCAAGCAUUUCAAGAUUCUGCCAGAUAUCGAUCCGCAAUCCAUUGUCUUUCAAAUGGGUAUAACCUUGCGCUUCAAAAAUAAUAUAAAAGUCAAGCUUGUAAGGCGGAACUGCGUCUAGUGUUCAUUGAUUUUAGGUUAUUCCAUUAACAUAUAUGCAUACUCACUAAGUGCCAAUUAGUUUUAAGUACUUUGCUAAUCAUCAAUGACUAAUUGACCCUGACUUUGUAAUGGCCAAGAAAUUUUAUAAGCUAGAUUUUGUAUUUCGAUUUAAAACAAGUCCAAUCUUUAUAAUAAAUGUAGCAGAAAAUAUGUCAAUG